GCAGCGAGUGCAAUAUGAUGGGUCCGCGACGGCGGCGAUAAACGCGGCCGCCCGUUGGUGCAUCGUGCAGGUGCACUCACCUGUCGGAGCAGCCAAGCAGCGCUUACUUACAUUCCCCGCCAGGAGUUUUUUUGGAUCGCAAAGGCUACGACGGUCGUACCUCAGUCGAUUUGUGGCCACUUGCAUGCACGGUCACGACGCGCUCCACGGACAGACACCACACCACGGUGACGUACCAGUGAUGUAACAUUGACCACCGGCCGACACCGCUGCUGCUGGUACCGCUCGGAAGGAUCGCAAACAUAGCCAUUGUUGAUGGUCCAUAGCAUGUAAGUGUUGGCUGCAGAGGGCCUCGGCCCAGCCAGUAUCCAGAGAAGCUCCCAUCGCAAUGAAUGCUGCACUUAUCGUCAAACUUCAAUUGCUGCUCGUGUUCCAUCUACUAUUGAAAUUCCAAUUCACAGUCGGAACCUGCUGGCUCGCCAUGCUACGAAACGGACGCUGUACAGAAAUUCUGUAUGAGAAGAGCAGCAGAGAAACUUGUUGUGCCAACCACCGUGUUCACACAGCAUGGUCUGCCGAAGAACUAGAUCCUAGCACUUUCUUUUUCUGGCGAGUUUUGGGUGACGGCGUUCGAUGUUCACCGUGCAAAGUUUCCUGUAAAGACGUCGACUGCGGCGUCGACCGAACCUGCGUCGUCAAAAAAGGCCGUCCGAAAUGCGUGUGUUCGUCAAAAUGCAAAGAGGGCAAAAUCCGGUCCAAACGAGGGCCGAUCUGUGGGACAGAUGGCCGAAGUUACCGGAAUAUUUGUAGACUGAAGAAGAGAGCUUGUCGUCACAGGUCCGCCCUGUCCAUCGCCUACAGCGGCACUUGUCAAACUUCCUGUGAUAAAAUCAAAUGUCCAUCCGGCAUGCAUUGCCUUCUAGACCAAAAUCUAAGUCCGCAUUGCGUCAAUUGCACGAAGAAGUGUUCCGAUAGCCCAAAACGGAGGGAAGUCUGCGGGUCGGAUGGACUCACUUAUCCUAGCGCUUGCCACUUGCGGGAGAAGACGUGUCGGAGGGGCAAAGCCAUCCCUAUUGCCUACAAAGGACCUUGCCGAGAAGGUGCAACAUGCAGCAUAGUCAGGUGCCAAGACCGACAAUCCUGUUUAACAGACCUGUCAACGGGGAUGCCCCGAUGCGUGAGCUGUACUUCCACCUGCCGUCCAAGACAUAUGCACGGUCCCAUCUGUGGCACCAACAACAGCACUUACCAUACCUGGUGCGACAUGAUGCUCGAUUCCUGCGCCAAAGGCUACAUCAUCGAUACCAAGCAUCCCGGAAAAUGCACUACAAACAUUUGAUCUUCAGUAAACGUUAGACUUAGAGAAAACUAAAACCAAAGAAUAGCAGCGAUAUGGACUAUAUUCAUAAGGAAUUCCAUUGCAUUACAGAAUACAAAUAAAUUCUAGUUAAAAGUAGAGAUUUUAAUAAUUCCAAAGUAGAUUAAUCUGAGAGGUUAUUCGUGUCGUAGUAUUCAAGUGAGGUAGUUUGUAACACUCAGAUAAGUAAUUCAAGUGUUCUAAUUUCUUAAUUUAAUACUUAAGGUAAAGUUAGCGGCUGAGGGUCUUGCCAAGCGCUCGGGCCCCGUCUAUGUAAUAAUUCACAGUAAUAACCAGUAUUGAAUUUUUUAGUAAAGUAGAUGCAACAAACGCGUUCACUAAGUGUUGUUGUAUGGUAUAUUUACUUGAAAUUCGUGUAUUUUGUUGACAAAUUCUAGUCGGAACUAACAGACUUGUUGGAUAGCGCCGGUUUUUAAAUGUAAACAAAUUAAAUCUAAUUUAUUGUACUAUAUCGAAAUAAUAACCGUUUGAUUUGCAUUUAAAACCUUUUACAGCUGGUUCUCAGACAACAAAUAACAUUAACUUAACCGACGUGAUCUUUAUACAGAAAACGUGUUCGGAUAAAUAAAUGGGGAAUUAAGUAAAUUGUCAACAUUUCAAGUUUUGCAUGGUUGCUGAAAAAUUAUCAUAAAGUUUUCCAUGGAUGCACAGGAAUGCAUAACGUGACUCUUAACCCAAAAAUGCCAUCUGACGAAAUUUAUCUCGUCUAGAUAACUGAAUGCUUUCCGUUUUAUUGCACUUUCGAGCGCAAAAAUGCAAACCGAGAUUAUGCCACACCGUUAUUCUUAUGUCAUUUAAUAGCUCAUUAUUUUUACGUGCCAACAGUUUUAGGUUUAUGUUUCUUCCUGAUUGGUCGUAAAAUCAGACAAAAUGAAUCUGCUUCGCGGUUUCGUUUUUCCCUUCUUAUCACUAACACACUACAUGUAUUACCUUACGUUUUAACGAUCGACUCCCCCGUAUUAUUUAUCUGAUUCGACGUCCAACGUAUCCCAAAACCGUGUUGCAUUUUUUCUAAUCUGCACUAUUCAUGGCUGAUACCAAAAAAAUUUGAUUGUCUGAAAACACAAUUUAUUUUUCUAUUGUUUUAAAUUAUAAUUAUAAUUCAAGUACUUAAUGAAUUAUAACUAUUGUGUUUGUAAUGUAAAAUAGUUUGUAUUGUUUUGUUAAUUGAUUCUUUACGUACUUGUUGUAUCUUUUGUACAGUAUUUUAUUAUAUUAAAGUAUUUUUGUAUUGUUAUUUUUAAGAAAUUAUGGUGACUUAUGUAAAACAAGAUGUAUUA